AUGGAGCGGAGUAGUGCGGGCCUGUGCGGUCUGCUCAAGGACGGAGAGCGACUGUGCCGCCUCAUCGUGACCCUGCGCCCGUCUGUGCCACCGCCCACCUUCCUCCCAUUCUUCAGCAUCGGGCGCGACUUCGUCACUUCCUCAACGCCUGCACCUCUUUCGGCAUCCCUCCCCACCAUCAGCUUGGCGAGCAGGUUCACUGUUGACGAGCUGUACUACGACCACAACCUGCCCAAGCUCCUUGCCGACCAGGUCCUGAGACAGCAGCUGGUGCAAUGGGGCAUCAAGCAGCGCAUCCCCUUCCUCGGCCCCGCGCACCGCCUCCGAGCAUCGAAAAUCCUGGCCAAGUGGCCGCAGACAAGGAAAGCCUCGAUGAGCGGCGGCUCCUCUUUAGGUCUGCCCCUGUUCAGCAGCUUUGCGGGGUCGGUGUCCGAGGAGCGUACGGCCGCCGCCAUCAAGAUCCAGUCCGUGUUCCGCUCGUGGCAUGCACAGCGCGUUUAUAACGCCAAACUGCGGAAUGCUCGGCAUAGGGAGAAGAUCGCGCGGGAGCUGUACGACACGGAGAAGGAGUAUGCUCAGAACCUCCAGAUCCUUAUCCAGGUCUACCUGAAGAAGAUGCACACGUGGGCAGAAAAUGCGCCCAUGUCAGGCAUGAAGGCACUCUACGGGGACAUCAAGGUGAUCCACGGCUACACGGAGCAGGUGUUGGCCCAACUACGACCUCGAGUGUACGCCUGGGGACCUCAUCAAGUACUCGGAGACAUAUUCCUUCAGUUGGGAUUCUUCCUCAAGGUCUACACCCAGUACGUGACCAACUACAGCAAGGCUACGAGGGAGCUAGCCGAACGAAAGAAGAAGUCCACACGUUUCGCCCAGUUCCUCGAUGCUCCCUGGUCGGUGGAUCCGGCCGCACUGCUCUUCAGGGACAAAAUCGGGUCGCUGGGCAUCCAAAGCUUCCUCAUCCAGCCUGUACAAAGAGUUCCUCGGUAUCUGCUGCUGCUCAACGCCCUGCUCAAGCGCACUGACCCAGACCACAAGGACUACAACAACAUCCAAAAGGCCGCCCAACAGGUGAGCCAAGUCGCGGACUACAUCGAGAAGAGAGCCCGCGAGAGCGAGAACAUCGCCAAGGUCAUCGAAAUCCAGAACCGGCUCCACCCCAAGCUGCAGCCCAAUCGGAAGUUUGUGCGAAGUUGCCGCAUGUCGGUGGAGAUCUGUCAGGCGUGGGGCGUGCCGACCCCGGCGACCCAGGGCGGCGGCGCCGGUCGUGUGCCCCCCUACGCCUACCCUUCCACCACCACCGCCGCGAGCGACGGGAAGAAGUCGCCCCGGAGGCGACAGCAGGGCCUGCCCAAGAACUACGAAGUCUUCCUUUGCAGCGACCUGCUGCUCGUCGCCAAGCCCAAGGACCCCCACAACCCGGACACGCCGCUCAAGCUACGCGCGGCCUACGACAUCACCCAGCUCCACCCCAGCGCCGACAUGAGCGAUCACCUGAGGUUCGCACUCGUGUCGGAGAAAGGCCAGACGGUGGCGCGCUUCACAGCGGCGUCCGCGACGGAUCGUCACAGCUGGCUGACCGACCUGGCCAAGCUCAAGAUCACCCGAGAGAUGUCCCGCAAGCACCGAGCC